AUGUUCAUUCUUGUUUCGAAUGUAUCUACUAGCAUCUCUUGGGCAAUUAUUGUUUUACAAAGAAAUAGUUCUCAACAAUCGCCUACUCAAACAUUUUAUUCUGUAUAUUCACUUAACUUAUUGCUGCACGUUCUUAAUGGUUCUUACCUUUUAAAUAUGGAGGCACAGAUGAAUCUAAAUCUUAAUUUUAAUCAACAAUUUUAUUGUAAAUUUACAAGGCUGAUGACCGAAAGACUGAAAAUAAUUGCUUAUUUAGAAAGAAAAAAUCCAUGUGGUGAUUUACGCUGUGGUCCCGGUGAGCAAUGCAUUAUUUCUGAAGAUGGUCAAGGAUAUCUUUCUGGUCAUUGUAUAUGCCCAAAAGUUUGCGAUAAUUUUGGCGAUAGUGUUGAGUCAACACCACUGUGUUCCACUGAUGGCACUGAUUUUCCUACACUUUGUCAUUUACGUGUACACGCUUGCAAGACGAAGAGGAAUAUUACUGUUAAAUAUUACGGAAAAUGUGAUCCGUGCGAGAAUUUUACUUGUCCAGCUGGCACUAUGUGCAAAAUUAAUGCGGAUCGCCGUCCGGAAUGCCGCUGUUCCCAGCAAUGUGAUCUAUAUUCUGACCCGGUUUGCGGAACAGAUGGAAAUACUUAUGAAAAUGAGUGCCUUUUGACUGUUUCCUCUUGUAGAUCUGAUAAAUCGAUACAGGUUUAUAUGAAAGGACGUUGUUCGGAAAAUAAUCCAUGUUCGGCGGUUUUUUGUGAUGUUGGGCAAUCAUGCCAUAUCUCCUCAGAUGGUGUGGCAUCCUGUAAAUGUGUUGAAUAUUGCGCACCAAUAAUGAAACCAAUCUGUGCUAUGGAUGGUAAAACUUAUGACAAUGAAUGUGAAAUGCGCCAAAGUGCAUGUAUAUCGAAAAUUUACAUUGCUGCACGUCAUACAGGCACAUGCGGGUCAGGAAUAUGCGCCGGAUUUGAAGGUUGUAUUCCGCCGAAAGUGUGCGUAGUUCGCGAUGGUCAUCCAUAUUGCGAAUGUGAAUCAUGUGAUUCGAGAUUGAGCGAAGUUUGUGGGUCUGAUGGAAUUACCUAUGCCAAUGCUUGUAAAAUGAGACAAGAAUCUUGUAUUACCGGCAAAACUAUUUAUCAAAAAUAUAGCGGAAUAUGUGAAGGAUGCUAUAAUGUACGCUGCGAAUUUUACGCCGUUUGUAUCUCAGAUAAUCGAGCUACGGGAAGUUGCCGUUGUCCUGAUCAUUGUCCAGAAGAAGGCAUACUGGGAACCGUUUGUGCUACAGAUGGAAUUACCUAUCAGUCCGAAUGUCAUAUGCGAUUAACUGCAUGUCAUCAGCAAAGAUUUAUUGUUGUCGCCUUUCAUGGAACGUGCGAUAGUUGUCAAAAUGUGGUGUGUCCAUAUGGCCAACAAUGCGAUGACGGCCUGUGUUCUUGUCCUUCUGAAUGCGCAUUACCACGUAAAAAUGAAGAGGUUUGUGGUAAGGAUGGUGUGCUUUAUCCAUCAAAAUGCCAUCUUCAAAAGGCAUCUUGCCAUUAUGGUGCUCCAAUAGCCAUACAACCAUUAAGCGAAUGUGUACGAGAAUCUGGCAUUGAUAAUUGUGAAUGUAAUGAAGUGGGGGCAUAUGAUACGAGAUGUUCAACUUCCGGUCAGUGUCGAUGUCGCCCUGGAGUUGGUGGAAAAAAGUGCGAUCAUUGCCAUUCAGGCUUUUGGGGGAUUCAUUUGAUUGCCAAAGGCGCUCUCGGCUGCCAACCUUGUUCUUGUUCAUUAUUCGGUUCAUCUCGAAACGAUUGCGAACAAUUGACAGGUCGUUGUCAGUGCAAAGAGAAUUCUUUUGGGUCAAAAUGCGAUUCGUGCGAUCCCGACUCUUUUAUGACUCCAAAUGGUUGCCGUAAGAAAGCAGAAUAUAUGGCUCCCAAGUCAUGCACUGAAAUGAGGUGUUAUCAUGGUGCAGAAUGUAUUAUGGAUCGUUCUGGUCUGCCUGACUGCAUAUGCCCAUCUGGAUGCUUUUUUAAUGAUUACAGUGAUCUGGCGAAUAUAACUAUAUGUGGAAGUGAUGGAAAUACAUAUGAUAAUUUUUGUGAAUUAACUAAAUUUGCUUGUAAACAUCAACUUGAUCUUGUUCCUGCAUCUCUUGGAAUAUGUCAUUCACAAGACAAUGAGAUGAAUGAUAUUCAAAUUCGACGAGGGAGGAAAUUGGAAACCGCGUCAAUGCUGGGAACAUUUUGUGCAACCAACCAAGACUGUAAAACAUAUAACGCAUAUUGUGCAGCGACCAUACAUGCAAGUAUAAAAAUAUGCAAAUGUAGAGAAAGGUUUUUUGCGUCAAAUGAUGGCAAACAGUGCAUUCAAAGAUUCUAG